UAAAAUGCUUACAUUGCAGUGAAUCACUUACGAAUAGGUUGAGCACGGCGAACAAAGUGAUUGUUUAAAAAUAAGACUGAUUUGAUUAUUCAUUCGAGUAUUGAAGCUGAGGGAUUUAGAAAAAAAAUUUAUGUGCGAACAAGUAACCUAAUAAAGUGAUUUAUCUAUAGUAGAACUAACAAACAAAGUGAUCAUACAACAAGUUGACCACAAAUAUGUCAACAAAAACUUUCAUUUCGUGCUUUAUACUGCUGUUGCUGACGCAGUGCAGCGUCUGGCCGACAGCAAAUGCAUUCACGCUGAACCUCACCGAAAGCUGUGUCGGCAACCAACUGUACUUUUGCACUUUGUCCAACCUGACCAGCACGCUGCAGGAUCCGUUGUUCGUAGCGAACGCCACCGCACCGGAACUCAGCGAGCUAGUGCUGCGCGAUUCGGUAGUCUCACGCGUGCCCCGCUCACUACUCACGGAAGCGCCCAACUUGCGCUCCUUCUUCAUGCACAACUGUCAUUUGCAGCGGCUCAGCGGUUUCGACUUCCCCACCGGACAUCCACUGCACACGCUAGUAUUACAGGGUAAUCGCAUUUCUGAUGUGCCCGAAAUGGUAUUCGUGACGCUGUAUGCGCUGCAAGAGCUACAACUCGGACGCAAUAUGAUACAUAUGGUGCAUAAGAAUGCAUUCGAAGGUCUGGAUCGUCUACGGUAUUUGGACUUGCAGCAGAACGAUAUACGCGAGCUACCCGCGACGCUAUUUGACGAACUCGUUAACUUGGAGCAUAUCGAUCUGAGCUCCAACAAUAUCCAGCGUAUCGAUGCCAGCACUUUUGGGCGAAAUACGAAACUGCAAACGGUGCUGCUGGGCGACAAUAGUUUCAUCACCUUUGAGCCGAACUCUUUAGCGCACUUACCGCAUCUGCAUCUGCUCGACAUCAGCAAUAGUAAUGUAAAGGAGCUGCACUUGCAGUCGGUCGAUACGCUCUUGGUGCAGGGUGGCACGUUGGAAGAACUCUUUAUUUCGGGCAGCGCCAUCAAAGUGCAUGCCGCCAACAAUUUAUUACAUAGCCUGCAAAUUACCGAUAGAAUCAGUGUGCGGGAACUGGAUCUGCACAUCAACCGGCUGGAGUCGCUAGACUGUACAGUGGGCAUGUUGAAUCUGCAACGUCUAGAUGUGUCACGCAAUCAGUUACAAACGCUACGCACCUCCCAGUCACCACUGUACUUAGCACUGCCGAAUCUGGUACACUUGAGCUUGUCAACCAAUAAACUGCAGAACCUAACGCUGGAGUCCUUUUUGCUACUGCAAAAGCUAACACACCUCGAUCUCUCUUUCAAUAAUCUGUUAAGCCUGGAUCAGCGUCUCUUUGAGCCACUUGUCAAUCUGGAGAAGUUCUACAUCGAAGGCAAUCGCUUGCACAGCUUCGAUUAUGAGAAAUUCGUUGAGACACAUGAGUACGUGAAGGAGUUCGGCAUGUUCGAGAAUGACUGGGAAUACCGUUAUAUGCGCACAAUGUACGCCUAUUUAAAAGAGCACAAUAUUCAGCUGCCAGUGCGCUAUACUUCGAACAACAAUGCCAACAAUUUGGGAAAUCACUUUGACACGACAUUGAACUCGCUUUCGCCGGCCGAUAAGGCGGCUCAUCAUCGUUACGCUUCUACUGCCAGUUCGGUGAAUGGUUUCGACUCGGGCGAUGCUGAUUUGUUGACAGCGUCGUCGUCAGCAGCAGCAGCGGCAGCAAUAACUGAUAUCACUGGUAUACACCCGUACUUCACCACCCGCGAUGUGCUCACGCUGACCAUAUUGUUGUUGGUGUUUUUGAUUCUGUUACUACAGCUGUUCAGCAUUAUGCGUGAGGAGGAGUGUCUGCCCAAUUGCUGUAGCAGACUCUCGCGUAAUGCACGCACCAACAAUCGUCGCCGACUCGAGGAGGAGGAAGAGGACUCAGAGGUUUAGGCGCGUGAAUUAGUAGUGACAGACGCAUUGAAGUAUGCAAAAGUGUUAGAAUGCAGUGAUCAUUUAUACCUCAAUAACUUCUUAAAAUAUUUUGUAAUUCUUCAAAUGCGUAUAUUGAAUAAACAAAGAAUAUGUGUAAUA